GCCGUCGCGGCCGUGUGCUGCGGCGGCCAGCACGCGGCGGUGCUGACGGCGGCGGGCGAGGUCUACACCUGGGGCCGCGGCGGCUUCGGGCGCCUGGGCCACGGCGACGCGCACUCGCUCAAGGCGCCGCGGCUCGUCCGAGGCGCGCUCGUCGGCGUCGUCUGCGCGCAGGUCGCGUGCGGCUUCGCGUACACGGCCGCCGUGAGCGCCCAGGGCGCGCUCUACACCUGGGGCGCCGGCGAGAACGGGCGCCUGGGUUUGGGCGACUACACGGGCCACGGCGCGGCGGCGGACGUGCUCACGCCGCGGCCCCUCGACGCGUUCGGGGGGCGCGCGGUCCGCGAGAUCUCCGUCGGGCCGGGCGGCUACCACACGGUGGCCCUCGUGUCGCCCGCCGACGUCUACACCUGGGGCCACAACCGCGUCGGCCAGCUCGGCUACACGAACAACGACGUCGUGCCGCGCAACGGCGAGGGCGCGCACUUCGUGCCGCGGCCGCGGCGCGUCGACUCCGUGUCCGGGCUCCGCGUGCGCCGCGUCGUCGCGGGCUGGGGCCACACGGCGCUCCUGACGGCCGAGGGCGCGGCCUACGUCUGCGGCCGCAACUUCCAGGGCCAGCUCGGCCUCGGCGACCCGGAGUCGUUCCCCCACAACGAGCGCGGCCACCCGUACCAGCCGGACUUUCGGCUCCUCGACCGCCUCGGCGCGAAGCGCGUCGCGCAGAUCGCCUGCGGCGGCGAGCACUCCGUGGCCCUCACGGAGGACGGCGAGGUCCACUCCUGCGGCGCGGGGAACAAGGGCCAGCUCGGCCACGGCAACGUCGACAACGAGCAGUUCCCGCGCGUCGUCUCGAGGCUCAAGGCGAGCCGCCGGGACGUCCUCGAGGUCGCCUGCGGCAACAACGGCACCCUCGUGCUCUGCGGCUACUUCAACCCGCCGUCCCUCUUCGACUGCUGCGCCGAGGUCAUCUGCGCGGACCCGGACCGCUUCGACGACGUCGACGCGAUCCUGCCGCCGUCCCUCGUCCAGCGCGUCCGCGCCGCGGGGGCCUCCUCGGGGGCCGCGCGGCCCGACACGGACCUCCCGGAGCCGCCGAGCGCCCAGCCCUAG